AUGUUUCCUAAACAACGACCUGUGCCAGCAGAAGUAGCCAGCUGGAUGGACAAGGAUCUAGCCAUAGGAGAACUAACAGCAGCGACACGAUUCGUAACGAAUGAUUCAAGACAGAAUCUCAUCGUUAGUCGACGAUUUUUCUCUGAUUUAUUAACGCUAUCAUUUGAACGUCAUCGCAAGAUCUUAACAUGUAACUUUGAUAAGAAAAACUUUCUUCGGAAUCAACGUGCCAAGUCGGAAACAUCAAUGCCUGGUCUUCGUCCAUAUGUUGAUCAAUUAAUAUCUGAAACAGAUGGUGUUGUACUAGGUGGAAGUCAAACGCAGAGAAAUGAGGGAAACUCAUUCGUAAGUCCAUCAACUCAAUCACUUUUCUGUCGCCCUGAAACCAAAUCAGAUUUAACAUUCAAUCGAAGACCGGAUUCUUCAAUUCCACGAGUUAAAACAGCCCAAACAGUCAAGUCUCAACCGGAAAUGCCAACGAGUUCGACACCAAUCAAACCUCCAGCUCAACGGCCUUUAACUGGAAUUCAAACCACACGUGAACAAUUCGGUGUUUCUGCCUCAUCGAAAAAGUCUCCAAUUGAUUUAACACCUAUUAUAGCUUCGAAAAAACCCAAACAUCAACGACCCAUAACCCGACAGCAGAUCUCUCGUGACCGACUCAAUUAUUUAGCUCAACCGAAAAACUAUCGCUUCAAAUCAGCAGGUCUAACUCGCACACAACCGAUUGAAAUCGAACAGCAAACAAUAUCCGAUGAGAACUAUCGAGAUUUUGAUCGAAUCUCUCAACCAACACAAUCACGCAUGCAAAGUGCUCUACCAGACAAGACGAGAAACAUCGUCCAAGAUGGACGAUUUCAACAAUUAUUGGAUGUGUUUUCUGAAGUUCACGAGAGCAAAAUUUCCUCAACCCAAACAGUUACAAGCAUCAUUCAAAGCAAUCCAUCAUUACAAGAUGAUAAAGGACGUUGGCGAUCAGCACGUCAAUCGAUUGUGAACUCGAAACCAACAUUUCGUAAUCGUCGUCAAACACUUGCUGAUAAACUCAAUAACAAAUUCGAUGUCUUUUUAAUUGAUGUUGGCGCAUAA